GAGUGUGAGAGAGUGAGUGUGUAUAUAUAUGUGUGUGGGAGAGUUACAGAGAGACAGCCAAGUCCUGUUGUGGCUCUCCUCUCUUGGUGUGUCCAGUCACAGGGCUGGGAGCAGAGUCCUUCAGCCUCCCUCUCUCUCUCAGCCUCAGUAAGAUGAGAUAAUGGAGAAACUGUCCAGCUUCCUCCACAUUGGGGACAUCGUGUCCCUGUAUGCCGAAGGGACUGUCAAUGGCUUCAUCAGCACACUGGGACUGGUGGAUGACCGAUGUGUGGUUCAGCCAGAAACAGGAGAUCUGGCCAAUCCGCCAAAGAAAUUCCGAGACUGCCUUUUCAAGGUGUGCCCCAUGAACAGGUAUUCAGCGCAGAAACAGUUCUGGAAAGCAAAGCAGUCGAAACAAGGCAAUACCGAAGCUGCACUGCUGGGCAAGUUGCAGCAAGCAGCAGAACUGGAGCAGAAACAGAAUGAGAUUGAGAACAGGAAACUGCUGGGGGAGGUGGUGAAGUACAGUAAUGUCAUUCAGUUACUGCACAUUAAAAGCAACAAGUACCUCACAGUCAACAAGAGGUUACCAGCCCUCCUGGAGAAAAACGCAAUGCGGGUCUCCUUGGACAUUUCUGGCAAUGAGGGCUCCUGGUUCUACAUUCAGCCUUUUUGGAAGCUGAGGAGCGAGGGUGACAAUGUGGUAGUGGGCGAUAAAGUGGUCUUAAAUCCAGUCAACGCUGGACAGCCACUACACGCCAGUAAUCAGGAGUUGCUGGAUAACCCUGGCUGUAAGGAGGUGAACGCAGUGAAUUGUAACACAAGCUGGAAGAUUGCUCUGUUCAUGAAACACAGCGAUUAUCGGGAUGACGUUCUUAAAGGGGGUGACGUGGUGAGGCUUUUCCACGCGGAACAGGAGAAGUUCCUCACCUGUGAUGAGUACAAGAAACAGCAGCACAUCUUCCUGAGGACCACACUGAGACAGUCAGCCACCUCCGCCACCAGCUCCAAAGCACUGUGGGAGAUUGAGGUGGUGCAUCAUGACCCGUGUCGAAGUGGAGCUGGGCACUGGAACAGCCUGUUUAGGUUCAAGCAUCUAGCGACAGGGAAUUACUUGGCUGCUGAGGUGAAUCCGGACUAUCAGCACGAUCAACUAGAGUCCAAGGGAGUGAGUGAAGGGGAUGUGUUACCGGCUAAAAGCAAACGCCAGUUGGUGGAGAAGAUCAUGUACACGCUGGUGUCGGUGCCUCACGGAAAUGAUAUUGCGUCGCUCUUCGAGCUCGACACCACCACUCUCCAGAGAGCUGACUCCCUGGUCCCCAGGAACUCCUACGUGAGGUUAAGACAUCUUUGCACAAACACCUGGGUCACCAGCAGUAAUAUCCCUAUAGAUAUCGAUGAGGAACGGCCAGUCAUGCUGAAGAUUGGAACAUGUCCAACCAAAGAAGACAAGGAGGCAUUUGCGAUUGUCUCUGUGCCUCUUUCAGAAGUCCGAGACUUGGACUUUGCCAACGAUGCCAGCAAGGUGCUUUAUGCAACGGUCCAGAAGUUGGAGGAUGGCUCCAUUACACAGAAUGAAAGAAGGUUUGUGACAAAGCUGUUGGAAGAUUUGGUUUUCUUUGUCGCCUAUGUGCCCAGCAAUGGUCAAGAUGUUUUGGAUGUGGUGAUCACAAAACCAAACCGAGAGAGACAGAAGUUAAUGAGGGAACAGAAUAUCCUGAAACAGAUCUUUGGGAUUUUGAGGGUCCCUUUCAUAGACAAAGGGGAAGGGCCUAUGCUGAGACUGGAAGACCUGGGAGAUCAGAGAUACGCUCCAUAUCGGUACAUAUUACGCCUCUGUUACCGAGUGCUGCGGCACUCACAGCAGGAUUAUAGGAAGAAUCAGGAGUACAUUGCGAAGAUGUUUGGCAUCAUGCAGUCACAGAUUGGAUACGAUGUGUUGGCAGAGGACACCAUCACAGCCUUGCUGCACAACAACAGGAAGCUGCUGGAGAAGCAUAUCACAGCCAAGGAGAUUGAAACCUUUGUCAAGCUUCUGCGGAGGAACAGGGAGCCCAGGUUCUUGGAUUACUUGGCAGACCUUUGUGUGUCCAACAACAUCGCUAUCCCUGUCACUCAGGAACUGAUCUGCAAAUUCAUGUUAAAUGCUUCCAACGCUGACAUCCUCAUUCAAACCAAGCUGUUAUCAAACCGUGGGGACUUGAGUAUCGAAAAUUCCUUGCUUGAAGAUGAUGUCGAUGACGAUGAAGUUUGGUUGUACUGGAUUGAUGGAGACAAGGAACCACACGGCAAAUCCAUCCGGCAUCUGGCUCAGGAAGCAAAGGAGGGGAAUAAGGAAGAUCAGGACAUUUUAACCUACUACAGGUACCAGCUGAACCUUUUUGCGAGAAUGUGCCUCGAUCGUCAGUACCUUGCCAUCGACCAGAUCUCGUUACAGCUCGGCAUAGACCUCAUCCUGCGGUGCAUGUCGGAUGAGAACCUUCCUUACGAUCUGCGGGCGUCUUUCUGCAGGCUGAUGCUGCACAUGCACGUGGACCGCGACCCACAGGAGUCUGUCACCCCAGUGAAAUACGCCAGGCUAUGGACUGAAAUCCCGACCAAGAUUACAAUUCAUGAGUAUGACUCACUGACGGACACCUCCCGUGACGAUAAAAAGAACAAGUUUGCUCUUACGGUGGAUUUUGUGGAGGAGUACCUUAAUGAUGUCGUGACUCAGCCGUUUCCGUUCGGAGACAAGGAAAAGAACAAGCUCACUUUUGUGGUGGUGAAUCUGGCUCGGAACCUCAUCUACUUUGGAUUCUACAGCUUUCGGGAGCUUCUGAGGCUAACGCGGACGCUGUUGGCCAUCCUGGACUGUGUCCAGAAUCCGACACCCUCAUAUUUGGAGCGACUCAGCAAGUUUCAGGAUGGAGGGAACAAUGUGAUGCGGACGAUUCACGGAGUGGGCGAGAUGAUGACACAGAUGGUGUUGAGUCGAGGCUCCCUCCUCCCUGGGGUUCUUCCGGAGAGUAACGAAGGCCAUAUCCGAAGCGUGCCAGGGAAACCGCCGCACGCCCUGGACAACGAGGACGUGACGGUCAUGGAUACAAAGCUGAAAAUCAUCGAGAUCCUGCAGUUCAUCCUCAGCGUCAGGCUGGACUAUCGCAUCUCCUACAUGCUGUCGAUUUACAAGAAAGAGUUUGGAGAGAACAAUUCCGUUGACUCCUCAGCAGGUUUAUUGACAGAAACCACAGUACCAGACCUUGAGGGCAUUGGUGAACAGGCUGAGACGAUGUUUGCAGGAAGCCAAGAAAGAAACCCCGUGGAGCUGGAUGAUGAAGGAGGGCGAACAUUUUUGCGAGUGCUCAUACACCUGAUUAAACACGAUUAUCCCCCACUCGUGUCUGGUGCCUUACAGCUCCUCUUUAAACACUUCAGUCAGAGAGCAGAGCUCCUUCAGGCCUUUAAACAGGUCCAGUUGCUGGUCUCCUCUCAGGAUGUGGACAAUUACAAGCAAAUUAAAGCAGACCUGGACUUGCUGCGGUUAACGGUGGAGAAAUCCGAACUCUGGGUGGAAAAGCGAGGAAGUUACGGCAGCAGUGAGACCCAAACUGAAGGAGCAGAUGAUGCGAAAGCUGAGGAUCCUGGAAUUCUGAGCCCUGUGCAAGAUGGCAACAAGAAACCACAAAUUGACAGCAACAGCAGCAACAACUACAGGGUUGUGAAAGAGAUCUUGAUCCGGCUCAGUAAACUGUGUGUCCAGAGCAUGAGGCGGAGCAGGAGUCAGCAGCAACGCUUGCUGAAGAACAUGGGAGCCCACACCGCCGUGCUAGACCUUCUCCAAAUCCCCUACGAGAAGACGGACAGCAAAAUGAACGAAAUCAUGAACCUGGCCCAUGGCUUUGUGCAGAAUUUCUGUGCGGGAAAUCCGCAGAAUCAGGCCCUCCUCCAUAAACACCUCAACUUGUUCCUUACGCCCAGUCUCCUGGAAGCCGAAACUGUGCGACACAUUUUUCUAAACAAUUACCACCUCUGCAAUGAAAUCAGCGAGAGGGUGGUCCAGCACUUUGUGCACUGCAUCGAGACACACGGUCGACACGUGCUGUACCUGAAGUUCUUACAGACCAUUGUCAAAGCGGAUGGAAAGUAUGUGAAGAAGUGUCAAGAUAUGGUCAUGACUGAGCUGGCCAAUGGGGGAGAGGACGUGCUGGUGUUUUACAACGAUCGGGCAUCGUUCCCUCACCUUCUCCAAAUGAUGGCCUCCGAACAUGACCGCAGCGAUGAAAACGGAGCCCUCAACUACCACAUCACCCUGGUCGAGCUGCUCGCUGCCUGCACCGAGGGCAAGAAUGUGUACACGGAAAUCAAGUGCAAUUCCCUCCUCCCCUUGGACGACAUUGUGAGGGUGGUAACGCACGAGGACUGCAUCCCUGAGGUGAAAAAAGCAUACGUUAAUUUUGUGAAUCAUUGCUACGUGGACACAGAGGUGGAGAUGAAAGAGAUUUACACCAGCAACCACAUCUGGAAACUCUUUGAGAAUUUUGUUGUCGACAUGGUUCGGGUUUGCAACACUACAACAGACAGGAAACAUGCUGAUACUGCGUUGGAGAAAUACAUGACAGACACAGUAAUGAGUAUCAUCAGUGGCUUCUUCAGCUCUCCAUUCUCUGAUAACAGCACCAGUCUACAAACACACCAGCCAAUAUUUAUUCAACUGCUACAGUCUGCCUUUCGAAUUUACAACUGCACUUGGCCAAAUCCAUCGCAGAAGUCUUCAGUGGAGUCUUGUAUUAAGACCUUGGCUGAAGUUGCCAAGAGCCGAGCGAUAGCAAUUCCUGUUGACCUGGACAGCCAAGUGAACACCCUCUUUAUGAAGACCCACUCCAACAUGGUACAGAAGGCUGCGAUUGGCUGGCGAAUGUCUGCCCGCAGUGCGCCACGCUAUAAAGACCCAAUCGGUGGAUCACCCUUGGACUACAGGAAUAUUAUAGAGAAGUUGCAGGAUAUAGUGUCCACCCUUGAGCAACAAUUCCAGCCCAUGGUGCACGCUGAGUUCUCAUUGCUGGUUGACGUCCUCCAUAGCCCAGAGCUGCUUUUCCCAGAUGGAAGUGACGCUCAGUUGAGAUGUGAAAGUGGAGCCUUCAUGAGCAAAUUGAUUAAUCAUUCCAAAAAGCUGAUGGAUAAAGAGGAGAAACUCUGCAUUAAAAUUCUUCAAACGCUGAGAGAAAUGCUCAAUCGAAAGGAUGACUUUGGAGAAAAGGGCACGGUUUUAAGAAAGAUCCUUCUGAAUCGCUAUUUUGGGAACCUUCGCAGUGUCUAUAAAGGAGAUAGUCACAGCAGCAGCAUCAAUCCCCCACUACAGACAGGGAGUUAUUCCAAGUCUGCACAACCUGGAGGCAGCAGUUCAUUUGAUUCGGACAAGUGUGGGGUCUCCGUGUUUGAGAUCCAGUGUCACCUUGACCGGGCUGGGGCCUCGGAACUGGUCACCGAUCUCAUCACCAACACGAAGAACUCCAGGAUCUUCGAAGAGAGCAUCAUGCUGGGCAUCGCGUUGCUGGAAGGAGGAAACACCCAGAUCCAGCAUUCGUUCCACCGGCAACUCAACGAGCUGAAGAAAUCUGAGAAGUUCUUCAAAGUCUUAUACGAUCGCAUGAAACUGGCCCAACAGGAGAUAAGGGCAACAGUAUCUGUCAACACCAAUGACCUGAGCUGCAAGAAGAAAGAGGAUGAUUAUGAUGUUGUGCCUCCUGUCAACAGGAGAAGAGUGAAGGAUUCAUCGUAUCACCUGAAGGAGGGAGUGAAAGGGCAAUUGGCAGAGGCCUCAGUUGCCACGCACAAGGCCUACUAUAUGUACAGAAGGGAGAUGGAUCCCGAGGCUGAUCUGGUGCCGGUGGGGAAUGAGGGCAUCGUGUCGGAAGAGAAAUCUGGUGAGGAAGAGGCCAUGAGCCCUGCGAUCGCUAUCAUGGAGCCCAUUCUCCGGUUCCUGCAGCUACUCUGUGAGAACCAUAACACAGAGCUUCAGAAUUUUCUACGGCACCAAAACAACAAAACCAAUUAUAACUUGGUGUGUGAAACGCUGCAGUUUAUGGACUGUAUCUGCGGCAGUACCACAGGAGGGCUCGGCUUGCUGGGACUCUACAUUAACGAGAAAAAUGUCUCACUCGUCAACCAGACUUUGGAGACGCUGACUGAAUAUUGCCAGGGACCGUGCCACGAGAAUCAGACCUGCAUCACAACCCAUGAAUGUAAUGGAAUUGAUAUCAUUAUUGCACUGAUCCUCAAUGACAUUAACCCUCUCGGAAAGUACCGAAUUGACCUUGUCUUACAACUGAAGAACAAUGCUUCUAAGCUUUUACUUGCCAUCAUGGAAAGCAGACACGAUAGUGAAAAUGCAGAAAGAAUUCUAUACAACAUGCGACCUAAAGAAUUGGUUGAUGUUAUAAAGAAUGCUUACAGUCAAGGUGAGGAGGUGGAUAACGACGAAACUUCAGAGGAAUGUAUCUCACCGAAGGAUGUUGGCCAUAACAUUUAUAUAUUGGCUCAUCAGCUUUCACAACACAACAAGCUGCUGCAACAGAAGCUCAAACCAGGUUCAGAGCCUCAGGACAAAGGCAGUGAAGCUGUAACAUAUUAUGCUAAUCACACUGCACAGAUUGAGAUCGUACGGCAUGACCGAACCAUGGAGAAAAUAGUCUUCCCUGUGCCCAGUAUCUGUGAAUAUCUCACACACGAGUCCAAGUGUAAGGUGUUUAACACCACAGAGCGAGAUGAGCAGGGCAGCAAAGUCAAUGAUUUCUUCCAACAGACUGAGGACCUUUACAAUGAAAUGAUUUGGCAGAAGAAGAUUAAAAAUAAUCCGGGCUUGUUCUGGUUCUCGAAGAACAUAUCGCUGUGGGGGACCAUUUCAUUCAAUUUUGCAGUAUUUAUCAACCUAGCCGUCGCACUUUUCUAUCCCUUUGGUGAUGAUGGCGAUGAGGGUACCAUCUCUCCGCUGUUUUCACUGCUGCUCUGGAUAGUGGUGAUUGUUUGCACUCUUUUACUUAUAUUUCUGCCGAAACCUCAUGGAAUAAGACUGUUUAUUGUAUCUGUAAUGUUCCGGUCCAUAUACACGAUUGGUCUCGGCCCCACGCUCAUACUCUUGGGUGCUCUCAAUCUGUGCAAUAAGAUAGUGUUCUUGGUCAGUUUUGUUGGAAAUCGUGGAACGUUCACCCGUGGUUAUAAAGCAGUGGUCAUGGACGUGGAGUUUUUGUACCAUGUGACCUACGUGGUGGUCUGCAUGCUUGGCCUGUUUGCUCAUGAGUUCUUCUACAGUUUCCUGUUGUUUGACAUAGUCUACAGGGAAGAGACAUUGCUUAAUGUCAUAAAGAGUGUCACGAGAAACGGUCGCUCCAUUAUUCUGACAGCAGUGUUGGCUCUGAUCCUUGUCUACCUGUUCUCCAUUGUGGGAUUUCUCUUCCUGCAAGAUGACUUCAUUAUGGAGGUGGACCGACUGGAGGAGAAUAAGACACCUCUAACAGCACAAGAAAACCUCUACGGCUCGCCCCUGAACAAUAAGGAAGAUGUGUGUCGGGAGAAUUGCCCCAUGUUACCUAAUGCAGGAAGGGAAGAGGUUGAGAAGAACAUCCAGCAGGUGCGGGAAUUGAACCCAUAUUGCUGGCAUCACACUGUACCACAAACCAGCCGUCCAGUCAACUGAGCUAAUCUCUAUACGUAAAACCACAUGCCGUCAAGCC